AUGAAGCCGAAGGCGCGGCUCCUGGGCCGCAGCGGCAGCAAGAAGCGGCUGGUCGUGCCACCGUCGCCGUCGCCGUCGCCGGCGGUUGCGGCGGACGGCGGGAUGGACGAGGUGAAGGCGGAAGAGAGGCGGAAGGAGGCGGAGCGGGAGGAGGGGAGGGAGCGCGAGCGCGGGUUGCUGGGCGUGCGGCGCAACAAGGGCGCUGGCGCGCGGUCGUGGCUGCGGAUCGACCAAUCAGGACAGACGCAGGUGAUAGAGGCGGACAAGUACGCAAUCAUGCGCCGCUGCGCCAUCCCAGCGCGCGACCUCCGCAUUCUCGACCCGCUGCUCUCCUACCCCUCCACGCUGCUGGGGCGUGAGCAAGCCAUCGUGGUCAAUCUGGAGCACAUCAAGUGCAUAAUAAUGGCGGAGGAGGUGCUGCUGCUCAACUGGCGCAACUUCCAGGUGGCGCGGGUGGUGGAGGAGCUCAAGGCGCGCCUGCCCCUCCAUCUCAAUGCUGCAGGCCAGCAGGUGCUAGGGCAAGAUGGCAGCGGUCUCUCCCCCUCCCACCUCAUCCCCCCUCUCACUCUCUCCCCUCCAACAACUUCCCUUCCUGCUCCUGCUACCGUGCCUGCUGCUGGACCCAUGUCAGCAACUGCCACACCAACAGCUGCCACAUCAGCAACUGCCAACACAGCAGCUGCCACCUCAGCACCAGUCUCUGCCAGUGCUGCUGCAAGCAUUCCUCUCCUUUCCUUUCCACCCCCUCCGCCCUCCGCUACUGCUGGAGCAGCCAACCUUGCUGCGGGAGCACCGCUCACAGCCACUGUUUCACAACCACCAUCUUCAGCACCACCAACAACAGCAGUAGCAGCACCACCACCGCCAAUAGCGCCAGCACCACCACCAGCAGCGCCAGCAGCAGCGGCGGCAGCAGCGGCGGCAGGAGCGACAGCCGGGGGGAUGGAGGCGGCGGCGUUGGAGGCGGGGGGCAUGGCAUGGCGGGGCCCCAAUGCGUUGCCCUUUGAGUUCCGCGCUCUGGAGGUCUGCCUGGAGUCUGCAUGCGGUACCCUUGAUGCUGAGACAACCCGAGUGGAGCAGGAGGCAUACCCGGCACUGGACGAGCUAACGGCAUCCGUGUCAACGCUCAACCUGGAGAGGGUGCGACAAAUCAAGAGCCGCCUUGUCGUCAUCUCCGGCCGCGUGCAGAAGGUUCGAGAUGAGUUAGAGCAGUUGCUAGACGACGACGAGGACAUGGACGAGAUGUAUCUCACAGACAAGCUGCUGCAGCAGCGGCAGGCGGCGGCAGAGCAGCAGCAGGAGGACGAGGAGAUGCGCGAGGAGGAGGAGCGGCAGCGGCUCCUGCUGCUGCAGCAGCAGCAUGUGCACGGAAGGGCAGGGGAAAACUUCAGUUUUGGCGUGCCUUCCCACUCUGGCUCCUCUGCCCGUGGAGGGAGAGGGGGAGGAGGAAGAGGCGGAGGGGUGGAUGGGGUUUCUGAAAGGGAAGAGGAUUGUCCGAGCUCUGGUAGUGCUUCUCCUCCUGACCUGGAUAACAUGCCCUCGGAUGGAGAUGGCUCGGAAGGCGCAGGUUCGGACGGUGCAGGUUCGGAAGGCAUAGUCCCCCUCUCCCUUCCACCAUCCCCCUCUCCCUCCCAUCAUCCCCCCAUCUUUCCCACCAUCCGUUCCUCCCUACGUUUCCACAUCUCCCAUCCUCCAGCUGCUCCACUGCGGAAGCACGUGGAGGACACGGAGGACUACAUCAACAUCAUGCUGACGGCUGCAUGUGCCCACACAUCUCUCGUACCCCUCAUUACCCCUUUUCACCCCUCUGUACCUCUGUCUACUGUACUUUCACAUCCCCAGCUGCGCGAGUACGUGGAGGACACGGAGGACUACAUAAACAUAAUGCUGGACGAGAAGCAGAACAGCCUGCUGCAGAUGAACGUGCUGCUCACCACCGCCACUCUCUUCAUCUCCUUCUUCAUCGUUGUCACGGGGGUGUUUGGGAUGAACAUCGACUGCUCAUAUUUCGACCCGGAGAACCCGGCCAAUUAUAGCGUGUUUUAUUAUGUUGUGAUUGGGAGCACUGUAGCGUGCAUCGCGUCGUUUAUUUUGGCGGUGGUGUACAUGCGCAGUAGAGGGCUCAUUGUGCCGUCCGCGUGA